UCUCACCCGUUUUCUUCCCUCAGUACUGCAGACUCUCUCUCUCUCCACUCUGGCCCUAUGUCUCCCUCUCUCACUGUGAAUCAGUCUGUUGGUUUCCAUUCGUCGUUCGUCUGGAAUGAACUGAAGAGAAGAAGAGGAGACACAAACAGUGAAAAGAAGAAGAAGAAGAAGAGAAGGAAAAGGAGCAGCUUCAGAAGUUUGUUGCUGAACAGAUCAGUGAUGGAGGGAAGCUUGUGCAGCAAUCAUGAGGCUGAAGGCCAGUGAGGGGGCGGAACUUCCAGCGUGCAGGAGCUCCUCACAUCCUCUGCAUCACCAAAGAAAAGUCAGAGUCCCCGCUGCGGGGUUGGCAGCCAUGAUGGCAUCCAUCAGGGGAACAGGAAAUAUCAGCCUGUUGGGGUUUCUCUUGGGUGUAUUCCUGGUUCAUCCUGAAGGGGCGGUUUCUCUGGAGCUGCUGCCAUCCGCCUCUGAAGUUCUGGUCCCCUCUAACUCCAAUUACACAGUGGAGUGUUUGGGGUGGAGUGAGGUGAAGUGGCAUUUUCCUCAGGACCCGCCAGUAGAUGGGGUCCUCUUGGACAAUCGAGGCUCCAUGAGCAUCCUGCAUCUCUUUAACAUCACAUGGAGGAAUUCUGGGAGAUACACCUGUGAGGAGCCAUCAUCUGAUCAGAGCAGAAAUGUUGAUGUCUUUAUACCUGGACAAGGUCCCGAUGAAUGGUUUGUCCCAUUGGAUCUGGGUGUGGUGAUGAAGGAGGGAGAGGAAGGCACAAUUCCCUGCAUGGUGUCCAACCCGAACCUCAAUGUCUCGCUGUACGAGCGCCCCAGCAGGAGGCUGGUAAGCGGGAUGACAUAUGAGCCGGGGCGUGGCUUCACGGGUCACCUCAAUGACACAUCAUACAUGUGCAUCGCCACAAACGGAGCUGAGGAGAAGGAGUCGCAGACGUACUACGUCUUCAGCAUUAUAGUCCCAAAGGUAAUGGAAGUGGACCUGACGGUGUCCAGCAGUGUGCUGAAGCAGGGUGAGGUCCUCACAGUAAACUGCACAGUUAGAGACACAGAGAUGGUGUUCUUCUCCUGGGGCUUUCCCCGCAGACAGGAAAUUGAGCCGCUGACGGACUUCUUGCCCAAUCAGAUCCGCUCCUUUGUUAACAUCACUGCAGCAACAGUGGCAGAUUCAGGUGUUUAUAGCUGCACGGUGCAGGAGACAACACAGGGACAAACUGUGAUGAAAAAUAUCACAAUAACAGUGCUGGACCGAGGUUAUGUUUACCUGUGGCCCUUAGGUGAGACCAAUGUGUCAUCUCUCCUCCAUCACACGCUGGAAUUAAGUGUAGAUAUUGACGCCCACCCCGCCCCCACCAUCAUCUGGACGAGACAGAACCAAUCUGUUGCCACAGAAACCACUACUAUCAACACCACACACCUGUCAGACAGCCGGUAUGUGAGCACACUGACGCUGGUGCGCGUGCAGAUGGAUCAGACAGGAAGUUACACCGCAACUAUUUCCAAUGAUGACGACAUCAGAGAGGUUACAUUCAACCUGGAGGUACAAGGUGAGCCACAUGGCCACCAGGUGUGUAUGCCACAUCAUGUGACAUCAUGCUGUCAUUUACAGACCUUUUGUGUGCAUGCUCAGUUAACCUACUGCAGAUGCAAUCAUUUGAAUGGCGGGUGGAGGAGCCAAUCAAAAGACUCAGAGGGCAUGACGCUACAGGAGAACAUUACUAUGGUGGCAGAGAGAGGUGUCACCCAGGUACACAGCAUGCUGACCCUCCAGACUCUCAGCUCUCUGUCGGCCGUUCGCUGUGAAGCCACAAACUCGGUGGGCAGACAAGCGAAGGACCUGCGAGUCAUCUCCAGCUCUCUCCUGUCUCAGGUGGUGGUCUUAGCAGUAGUCCUGGUGUUGGUCAUCAUUGCUGUCAUCUUCCUCAUCAUCCUCAUCAUCUUAUGGAGGAAAAAACCUCAUUAUGAAGUUCGUUGGAAGGUGAUCGAGUCUGUGAGUCCUGAUGGACAGCAGUACACCUACCUCGACCCCGCCCAGCUGCCCUACAGCCCAACCUGGGAAAUAGACAGAGACCAUGUAGUUCUUGGACAGGUGCUGGGUUCAGGGGCUUUCGGACGUGUUGUUGAGGCAACCAUCUCUGGUCUGAUUAAUUCUCAUUCUACAAAGGCGGCCGUGAAGAUGGUCAAAC